GGGGCACUUUCCAUACUAACAUCAAAAACAUAGAUCAAAAAUCUAUUACCUCCAACUACCAGAUCGAAACAACUCCAUAUCAUACCGAAAACAUAAAUCAAAAUACUCUUAUAACCAGACCAACAUGAUCUUUCGCAGAAUGGGCGCCGAUCCCUCAGUUUCAAUCAGCUCUGAUUCACCAAAUUCAAAUAACUCUGACACUACACUUCCCUGGAAUCCAGAUCUGACUUCACCAAAUUCCAAUAACUCUGAUACUACACUUUCCAGAACCUCGUAUCUGACUCCAUCAGAACCAGAUUCCAACAGGUCUAAUAUUACACUUCCUAGUAUCUCAGAACCUAUUCCUCCAGACACCAAUUAUUCCGAUGUUGCACUUCCCGGGUUCUCGACCCUUCUGGCUCCUAAUAACUCUGUUACUCCGGAUCGAAACUAUUAUAAAGAUUUAGUUCCCGGUAACUUCAGGUCUUCAGGCCCUUACAAAGCUGGCCCUACAAUUGAAAAUUACUCUGGUGUUUCAGAUCCUAGAAAUCUUCAUCCUUCAAUCCCAGAUAGACACACACUUAACUCUGAACCGCCACUUCCUCUCAAAAGGAUUCUCUCGCAACCAUGCCUUCACUGCAGUCGUGAUUUUACUCUUGGUAUACCGUGCAGUAGAGUCGAGCCUUGUUUUGAAUGUGUCAAGUCAAACAAGUUCUGUUCGUUUCCACAAAGCGCUGUUUUUGUUGAACCAGAUACCUUAUAUAUUCCAUUCUAUCUACCAUAUUUCCAAUCUGAGGAGUGCAGUAAAGAUCCAUCUAGGAGACAAAAUGUCAUAGUGUCAGUCCGGGGCACAAAGACGACGGCGGAAUUCAUUGAAGUGCUGAAUUCUACAAUAUUGACAGCGAUUCCACCAGCCCCGAAUCACAUAUUUUUCCGGUAUCAUUUCCCAGGCGGGGUGGUAACAGCGAAUAAUUUUACGUUAGUAAAAGACUUGAACUGGGCAGAGGGCGACUAUAUGGAAGCGCGUGCUUUCGAUACUAAUACGGGUAUUGAAAUGCAUGGGUGUAUGGUAGGAUGGUAUCCUAAGAGUGUAUGACAACGUGGGAAAAGGGAAUGUGUUUUUUUCUCUGCCUUGCACACUCACUGCGAUAAUCUGAAGACCCAAGUAAUUGUCUAGAAAAAGAUUGAAUAACCAGAACUUUCUUCAUUCUCAUUUUGCCCUACAGAGUAGGAUGUGGUGAGGUGGCUGAUCCGAUACAGCGGGAAAAAAGCCGAAGACGAAAUUCGAGCUCGAGAGAGUGGUUGAAUUAGAACUUUAAAGUCAAUGUAACGAAUAUCACAGGAAUUAGAUUUUUCUAGUUGACUGUGCGAUCGGUUUCGACUACUAUCGCGCGGUUACUGAACGGCACGUUGUUAUCACGUUUCUGUUGUAUAUCGUUAAGUUAACCGAGUCCUUCACGUUUGCAUUGUUAUGAAUAACAAAUGAAUAACUUGUAUAUUAUGAUGGAAAAAUGAUGGGGUUGUUUUACAAAUCAAUUAUAAAGCA